CCACGUCACUCCGAUGACGCGACACGCUGACAUCUCGCGAGACUGCGCGCAGUUUCCCAGGCAGCAGUGUGGUGUGGCGUGUGCGCGAUAGAGACAAGGAAAGAUGGCGACGCAGGAGGGCGACGAGACGGCUGUCGUGAGCAACGGCGAGGUGAGCAGCAAUGGAACUGCUGCAGCAACAGAUGGCCAGGCUGUGCAGACAGCUGGAGAUGCACAGGACCCACAGCAGCAGCAACCACCACCUAAUGCAUGGCAGGUCAUUAAAGGAGUCCUCUUCAGAAUCUUCAUAAUCUGGGCGAUCAGUAGCUGGUUCCGCCGUGGGCCGUCCACGCCUGACCCCAACACACCAGCCGGGGCACCCAGGGUACCCAGCAGGAACCUCUUCCCCAAGGACACCCUAAUGGACCUGUAUGUGUAUAUGUCUCAGGAGGAGGUGUUCUCUGACUUCAACAACACAGACGCCCUGUUCUGGUUCCAUAGGGACCUGGUCUACGGAGAUUGGAACAUGGGGGAGGACGGUGAUGGCUGCUACCAGCACAAUGAGGAGAUGGAGAUCCCAGAGCAACUACUGAAGAAUGGUUCCCUUUACAUGCACGUCUACUUCACUAAAAGUGGAUUCCACCCAGAUCCCAAACGCAAGGGGCAGUAUCGCAGACUGGCAACAGUUCAUUCAACACGAAUGCUGAAUAAAUUCAAACGAAGAAAGUUUCUGAAGACCAAGAAUCUACUAACAGGAGAGACAGAGGCAGAUCCCGAAAUGAUCAAGCGAGCAGAGAGCCACGGUCCUGUGGAGAUCAUUUCUCAUUGGCAUCCCAACCUCACCAUCAACAUGGUAGAUGACCACACAGCCUGGGUCAAGGGCUCUGUUCCCCCUCCUCUUGACCAGCAUGUUAAGUUUGAUGCAGUGAGUGGUGACUACUACCCCAUUGUGUACUUCAAUGACUACUGGAACCUUCAGAAAGAUUACUUUCCCAUCAACGACACCCUGACAAAGCUGCCACUGCGUCUCACCUACUGCCCCCUGUCCUUGUGGCGCUGGCAGCUGUACGCUGCCCAGAAUGCUCGCUCGCCAUGGAAUUUCCUGCCCGAUGACACCUAUGAGCAGUCCGACGAAGACCAAGACUCUGUCAAGGUGGCCCUUUUGGAAACCAACCCAUAUCUGCUGGGAAUCACUAUAGUUGUCUCCAUUGUGCACAGCAUCUUCGAGUUUCUUGCCUUUAAGAAUGAUAUCCAGUUCUGGAACAGUAGACAGUCUCUAGAAGGCCUGUCUGUGCGCUCCAUCAUAUUUGGAGUGUUUCAGUCUCUGGUUGUGCUGCUGUACAUACUCGACAACGAAACCAACUUUGUGGUGCAGGUCAGCGUCUUCAUCGGCCUUCUUAUUGACCUGUGGAAAAUCACCAAGGUCAUGGACGUCAAACUGGACAGAGAGAACAAAAUCGCAGGGAUAUUCCCAAGAUUGGUUUGCACAGACAAGUCAACAUACGUGAAGUCUUCAACCAAAAUCUACGAUGACAUGGCCUUCAAGUACCUGUCAUGGCUGCUCUACCCUCUGUUUGGCUGCUAUGCCAUCUACAGUUUAUUGUAUGUAGAGCACAAAGGCUGGUACUCAUGGGUACUCAGCAUGCUCUACGGCUUCUUGUUAACCUUUGGUUUCAUUACAAUGACGCCACAGCUAUUCAUCAACUACAAAAUGAAGUCUGUGGCCCACCUCCCGUGGAGGAUGCUCACCUACAAGGCUCUCAAUACCUUUAUUGACGACCUGUUUGCCUUCGUCAUCAAGAUGCCAAUGAUGUACAGGAUAGGAUGUCUCAGAGAUGACGUGGUGUUCUUCAUCUACCUUUACCAGCGCUGGAUCUAUAGGGUUGAUCCCAACAGGGUCAACGAGUUUGGCACCAGCGGAGUGGACCCGACCAAGAACAACACAGAUGCGGCAGAUGCUACAGCUGCCGCCAUCACAGACGGGGAUGCCGCUGCCAUCACAGACGGUGAUGCCACGGCCAUCACAGACAAACCAGACGGGGAGAAGAAGAACGAUUAAGCACGACCACGCCCUCACUGCCGGGGCGAAGAGGACUUGUGAGAAUUGGGCAGGGAAGGGAGUUGUUGUCGUGGACACCACUACAAAAAAAUGCAGUUCAACUGUUCCCUCUGAUUUCUGUGUUGAUCCACAGAGAAUCCUAUUCAGUGUAGACUUGGUAAAUUCUUAUUUCUGUUUCCUGCCCAUCCCCGCCCUCUCGUUUUGCGGUUCAAGUGAAGUUAAACAAAACGUGAUGUACUGUAUUCUGUAUGAUUUUUCAGAGGGUAACAAUGUCUUGGAGUAGAGAUUUGGAGGGGAACGGGUAAUACUAUAUAUUUUUUUUAUACAGGGAAGAAAGAGGCCAAGUGCAACUUUAGUUCUUUGUGUAGAUUCCUUGUGAAUUUUUCUUUUCAUUCCAUGUGAGCACCAUGUUUCCGAUGUCUGGAGACUGGUGAGUAGAGCUGGAGGAAAACUGGAAAGGUCCUGAGUAUCAAUGGGGAUGAAGAAGAAUGGUGGUGUCUCGAGACAAGAUGGACGACUCUAUAGGACACUACCCACAAGACAGUGACUACUACCCUCAAUUUUAAACAAAUGGUUAAUGUUCUAAACUUGGAACAUAAAAAAUAACAGCCUUGUUGGUAUUAAUAUAAAUAUAUUAAUAUUGUCAAUGACUUAAUUUUUGUUUUUUGGUCACUGAAGCAUUCUUUUGUAUGUCCUCAAACUGUACAGAAUCUCCGCUUGUCAUGUUAAUACAGAUGUCAAAACAGUUUAGCAAUA